AUGAGUGUCUUUGACGACACUCAAGCGACUUGCGAUGGAGAUGUACGCGAGUUCCGGAUCCUCAUCGCUUCGGAUAUUCAUCUAGGAUACCAAGACAGGUCCACAGAGAGGAGAUCGGAUUCAAUAAAUGCCUUCGAGGAAGUUUUAGAGAUCGCGCAUGAACAGGAUGUGCAUAUCGCUCUGCUGGCUGGAGACCUCUUCCACGUGAAUGACCCUCCGAAAUGGGUUGUCAAGGAAUCCGUACGUCUGUUGCGGAAGCACUGCUACGGAGACCGAGAUAUCGAUUUUCGUCUGUCCUCGGAUCAGAGCAAGAAUUUCUCUGAUUCAGAUUUUCCGGUGGUGAACUACGAGGAUCCUAAUGUUAAUGUCAGCCUGCCGGUGUUCACAAUACAUGGCAAUCAUGAUGAUCCUGUCGGCGUGCAACACGAGAGCGUCGUCAAACUCUUGGCCACGGCAGGACUGAUAAAUUAUUUUGGCCGAGCGAAGGACUUCAACGAGAUCGAGCUAGAGCCUUUGCUGUUCGAGAGAGGACGUAACAAGAUCGCGGUGUUCGGACUGGGGUCGAUGAGAGACGAGCGCUUGAACACGCUUUUCCGCGAAGGGAAAGUACACUUCAAGUGGCCGCCGAAUUCCGAUCGCUGGUUCAAAAUUCUGCUCCUACACCAGAACAGAUACAAACGCGGACCCGGGAACUACAUUCCGGACUCAUUCCUCCCAAAAGAGCUCGACCUGGUCGUUUGGGGUCACGAGCAUGAAUGUCUCAUGGAUUUCCAGUUCAACGGACAUUUCAGAAUCUUGCAACCCGGCAGCACUGUCGCAACAUCUCUGUGUCCGGGAGAGGUUCCGGAGAAAGGCGUGGGUUUGCUGAGGGUAAUGUUCGAUAAGACCGACAGGCAGCACAAAUGCUCGAUCGAGAAAAUCCCGCUCAAAACUGUGCGUCAGAUGUACGUCGAGGAUGUUCCUCUGUCCAGUUUACCAAAAUCGAAAAGUCCACUGCUUGAGCGCGAGCUCGAGUUCCUACAGGAACGAAUCGAGGAACUCGUCGAGAAGUCGGUCGGAGAACGGAGCGGUCAUCCGAAGCAACCGAAGAAGCCGCUGGUGAGGCUCCGCGUGCUGUACGGACCGGACCAUGAGACAUUUCUCCCUCACUUCGUCGGCCGGCACUUCAAAGACAAAAUCGCGAAUCCCGGUGACUGCAUCCACUUCGUUCGUGACAAGGAGCUCUGGAGUAGGGAUCGCACCACAGGAAUUAUCGAUGAAGAGAAAUUCAUGGACGUCGUGGAAGAGCAAAAGAAAUCGCACGCCAAAAUCGAGGACAUGCUCAACUUGUACUUCAAAAACGCCUCUGAUGAGAAUGCGCGCUUGCACGUCAUGCAUGAAGACGCGUUCUCGCGGGCUAUACAGUUGUCGGUGGAAAAAGGAAAUCCCAAGGAGAUCGUCCACAAACUGAUCGAAGAAUCCGCGAAGCGCAUGAAAGCGAGGCUACUCAGAGCGGAGGACGCCACCGAUGAGAAAAGCAUGUUGGAAUAUAUCCGCGAAUGCAAGACAGAGAGAAACGAUGAUCUCGACGACGACGUCAAGCACGUCAUCAAGGAACUGAACACUCUACCAUGCAACAUAAAGUCCGAAGAUAUCGACGACGUGGACGCGAUUCAUAAGAGUCCCGUGACUCGCGGCCGCGGUAGGGGCCGAGGUCGAGGAAGAGUUUCUCCGUCGCUCUCGGUCAAAAGCAAAGAAUCCGACGUCACGGUCAUCGACGACAGCGAAGACGAAUUCAAUGUUCCAAUGACGACUAGCCGGGGCCGCGGUCGGGGCAGAGGCCGUGGUCGAGGACGAGGUGCGGCCACUUCAACCAGUAGUAAAACCUCGUCCGCUCGGAAAGUCAUCGAUGACAGCGACGAUGACGACUUCGGGAGCUUCGUGGCCUCUAGCCAGAAGUCUACAAAAGACAAACCGAGCCAGCGAAGCAUCCUCGAGAGCUUCUCGACAGCGCCGAAAUCUCGUGCACGGAAGAGAGCUCAGAGUCCAGAUAUCGAAGAAGACGAUGAGAACGAGGUCAUCCCCUCGUCUUUGGGAGCUUCCUCAUUGAGAAACCGAAGUCAGCGGCAACAGCCGGUUAAGAAGAAAAAAACCGUUGACGUACUCGCUAUGUUCGAUGAUAUGGACUGA